AUACUCUGGAUAUUCUGCAUAUUCUGGUACUUACUCUGCUGCUGCAGACCCCAUGUGGACUUACUUCAGUGCAAUUGCUGGACAGGUUAGCAGCCCAAGGAACUAGAGUCUCCAAAAUGGAUGCUGCUUGAAGCGUCAGCCCCACAGGUUACUAGAUGGUUCUGGGUUUUGUGGUGCCAAUAUGCACCUUCUCAAGAGCAUGGAUCUGCAGAAGCAAUGUAUUUGAAGAUCUCCAGUUACAGGAUGGAAAAGUGGAUGCUGAAGAACUACAGAGAUGUCUACUGCAAUCUGGAAUCAGUGGGACCUAUUCUCCAUUCACUCUGGAAACUUGCAGAGUUAUGAUAUCCAUGCUGGAUAGAGAUUAUACAGGAAAAAUGGGAUUUAAUGAAUUUAAAGAACUCUGGGCAGCUAUCAAUGCCUGGAAGCAAAACUUCAUGAUAAUUGAUAGAGAUCAAAGUGGGACUGUGGAACUUCAUGAAUUAACUCAAGUCAUUGCAGCUAUGGGUUACAGGCUGAGUCCACAAACACUGACUGCUAUUGUAAAACGUUACAGCAAAAGCGGCAGAAUCUUUUUUGAUGACUAUGUAGCGUGCUGCGUGAAGCUACGGGCAUUGACAGAUUUCUUCCGGAGAAGAGACAACAUGCAACAGGGAUUUGUGAAUUUUGUAUAUGAUGAUUUCUUGCAGUGCAUUAUGGCAAUCUGAGUGCUGAACUCCUGGAGAAAAAAAGGAUCACCAACCUGUUAGAGUUUCAGUUUAGAAGAAAUAAGCUGAAUCUGCUGUGAAUGGAAACUAUUGCAGAGAUUUGCGUCUUUCUGCCUGAUAAGACAUCUACUUUGAUAGUUUAGGGUUAUGUGUUUUUUGUUCUGUUUUUUUUUGUUUUGUUUUAAAUGCACAGU